GUUUCGUUCACAGACGUUGAGAUCAAGGCGGAUCUCGAGGGUUUGCCUGCCGCAGCGUUCUCCGGGGCGCCCGCCGCAGACAGGCUGAACUGGGUGCGGUUCGCACUGAGCGUCGACGAAGCCCCACGCGCCAAACACGACUUGCGUUUCUACACCAGUGUAGCCGCAGCUCUCGCCAACCUCGUGGGCAGCACCCACCCGAGUGAUUACAGUGACGUGGUGAUCCGCGGCAUGAUCACGCAGGGCAUCAAGCCCAACGACUUCCCCUUCGGCGCUGAGGAUUACCCGGAGGCUUGGAAACUUCUGAAAUUCUCCCCGGCGCAGCUCGUGCACGCUUUGCGCGUCCAGGGCAAGUGCGUGGCCCAGGCAGGCACCGCUGGCAGCAGCGGCGCAGGACCAAGCAGCAGUGACGUGGCCCCUGCUGCGACGGCUACUGAUGCCUUCGCAGAGGUGAUGCGCGACUUUGUCAAGCAAGCUGGCUCGCAGCCGAAGAAGGGCCUGUCCUUCAGCCUGGGGACAGGAUCCGAGCUCGCGGGCAAGUGGGAGGCGGCCGGCCGCGCCGCUGCCGACCGGGACAGGCACUUCGUGGGCAGCGCUGAUGGCGACGACCUCCAAGCAGCCCACCGACCCCAGUGGAGCCGCACCCCAGAGAUCGACGUCGUCGCUGCAGGAGGCACCUGGGAGGAUCGGAUGCGCGCGUCUCUUGAGAUGCGCCGCGCCCGGACGCUCGAGGAUCGGGUGCACUACGUUGGCUUCGCGACGUUCCUGGGCCACGUCAUGACGUGGGGGCUCAAGAUCUGCAUCAUGAAGGUUUGUUCUGUGUCCGAGGUGCUGGGUUACGUGUUCCUGCUUACGCGGGUUGCCGAGGAGUUCGGGGGCGUGCACACCGCCUAUUUCUACGAUUGGCUGGUGCGGCGUGAGAUGGCACGUUCCUUGGAGAGGGGCGAGCAGAUUGCGCACUUUUUCCAGAGGUUGGACCGUGAGAUCGUCCGGGACGCUCGGGACAAGGCCCAGACGGCGAUCGGCCGCGCGGGGAAGGCCGCAGGCAAAGGUCCAGCGCAGCCGGCGCAGGCAAAGGGCAGCUCUGGCAAGGGUAGUGGCAAGUGUGCUGGUGGGCCCAAGGGGGCGCGCCCUGCACCUGUGUCGCCAGUCCUGCGGCGCAGAUCGCGCAGCCGCGCCCAG